AUGACAUCAUCAUCAUCAUCAGUACAACCAAAACCUAUUCAAGAAUUUUGUCAGCGAAGAAAACGAAUUCAUUCAGGAGGAGAAUCUCGAAAUGAUAAUGCUAAAAAAGCUCGUAGCCGAGAUAAUAUCACUCGAUCAGCAUGUGUAUCGUCAGUAUUCGAUGCAAAUUGUCUACUCGAUAUUAGUUUCUCAUCGAAAUCUCUUAGGCGUCGUAUCAAAAUUGAGGAAAUAGUCGAAUUCUUAAAACAACAAAGUCUAGCUUUGCAGAAAAUAUUUGAUUCAAAGGAAAAUGGAUAUUUUAAUCAAUGUACAGUUCGAUUUAAUGAGAAAAACACAAAAUCUAAUAUUUCAUAUCAGGGUAUUCAUUUGAAAUUUAAAAGAACUAAUCCAUUAAUUGAUCAACGAAGUUUUAUACUCAAAUUAACAGUCGAGUCUACACAUGACCCAGUUGCAAGAGAAAAAAUUUCCCAUUAUAUUGAUGCUUUAACUACUUCAUAUUCAUACAAAAUAACGAAUCUUUUAUCACAAAGAAAACAAAUUCUUUUAAUUCAAUGUGAUAAUAUCAUUGAUCACCGUACAACACAGCAAAAACUUGGCGUUAUGAUCGAACUUGAUAUUAAACGUGUUAAUGAUGAUGAUGAUGAUGCUAUACCUUGUGUAUCAAGUGAUCAAGUAUCGACAGAAUCCCAUAAUGACAACCAAUCUCCACAAGUGACAGUCUAUGAUCGCCGAAUCUGUGCCAUGGUUGCUAAUCACCCGAUUUUCAGUAUUGAAUACAAGAAUAAUAUACCUUUUCCAAGAAUUGGUGAUGAGCCAUUUGAUUUCGAUUACAAAUUGAUUGCAGAAUAUAUGAUUGAUGAGACCUAUCAAAAAUUGAAAACUUCAGUUCAUUAUCCAUUAAUCGUUUCAUUCGUUCUACUACCAGAACAACACGAUACCUAUGGUGCAUUUGCUGAUCCACUCGAGACAAUACGAAUCAUUGAAGAUAAACCAACUAGUAUUUCUUUCGAUAAACAAAAUAUGGAAUUAAAAAGAAGUCAGUGA